CCCAGAGCGGCUUCCGCCCGCUCUUCUAGACUAGCAUCUUACACGUGAGUGUUGGCAUCAUCCAAAAAACAAGACCUCUGAGACGCCAUGUCCUGUGCCUUCCGAGCCCGUUCAGGUAUUUGCCGCAGCCGCGUGCUACUGACACCUUUGGCUGUAAGAAGUCAAUCCAGCGUCGCUACUCCGCAAAACAAGACAACCUCCGAAACUGAUGAUGAAGCGCCAGUGGUCAAGAAGAGGGACGUUCAGGUGGACGACAUCUGCGCCUCCUGCUCGGCUUCCAGAUACCGGGUCUCGAUCGAUUUUGAAAACACCAAGGAGGCUUAUCGCAGCAAGACGACCCUGGAGCUGCUGCGUAGCCUUUUUGUCUUUAAGCUUUGCACUUUCGACUUCGUGGUGGACAGAAACAAAGAGCUCAUGCAGCUCAGCAGAGCAGUGCUGAGGAAGCCACUCUUUGAGAGACUGAUGAAGAUGACGUUUUAUGGGCAGUUUGUUGCUGGAGAGGACCAGGAAACCAUCAAGCCCCUCAUCCGGCGGAACCGAAUGUUUGGUGUGGGCUCUGUGCUGGAUUACAGCGUGGAGGAGGACUUGACACAAGAGGAGGCAGAAAAGAAGGAGAUGGAGUCCUGUGUCUCAGAGGCUGAGAAGGAAUGUCCAGGAGUGGAUCACCGGGAGAAGAAAUACAAAGCUCACAGGCAGUUUGGUGAUCGACGGGGAGGGGUAAUCAGCGCCCGCACCUACUUCUAUGCUGAUGAGGCCAAGUGUGAUCAUCACAUGGAAACCUUUAUCAAGUGCAUUGAGGCAUCAGGUGGCAGCUCAGAAGAUGGCUUCUCAGCAAUCAAGCUUACUGCCCUUGGUAGGCCUCAGUUUCUGCUCCAGUUCUCAGAGGUCCUGGUGAAAUGGAGGCGAUUUUUUAACCUGUUGGCAGCAGACCAAGGAAAAGUUGGCCUAGCUGCUCUGGAGGUCAAGCUGGAGAUGAAGCAGCUGGAGGAAAGCCUGGCGAAGCUGGGCAUUCUGGCCAAGGAAGAAUCCCAGAACUGGUUUACAGGAGAAAAUCUCGGUUUUAAAGGUACUGUGGAUCUGCUCGAUUGGAACAGCUUGAUUGACAGUCGAAUGAAGAUCUCCAACCUGCUGCUUAUCCCAAACCUUGAGACUGGACAACUGGAACCACUUCUGAGUAGAUUUACUGAUGAAGAGGAGAAGCAGAUGAAAAGAAUGCUGCAGAGAAUGGAUGUUUUAGCCAAGGAGGCUCUGAGGCAUGGAGUUCGGCUGAUGGUGGACGCUGAGCAGACAUACUUCCAGCCAGCCAUUAGCAGACUGACUCUGGAAAUGCAGCGCAAGUUUAACACCGAGAAGCCCAUCAUUUUCAACACCUAUCAGUGCUACCUUAAGGAAGCUUAUGACAAUGUCUCGGUGGAUGUGGAGCUGUCUCGACGUGAAGGGUGGUAUUUUGGUGCCAAACUCGUCCGGGGAGCUUACAUGUACCAAGAAAGGACCCGUGCUGAAGAGAUUGGUUAUGAAGACCCUAUCAAUCCAACCUAUGAGGCUACCAAUAAUAUGUACCAUCGAUGCUUGGAUUAUGUUCUGGAAGAGAUCCACCACAACAGAAAGGCAAACGUUAUGGUGGCAUCGCACAAUGAGCAGACCGUCAAAUUCACCCUCAACAGGAUGAAUCAGCUGGGCAUCCAUCCAUCUGAGAAUAAAGUGUACUUUGGUCAGCUGCUGGGGAUGUGUGACCAGAUCAGCUUCCCUCUGGGCCAAGCUGGCUAUCCAGUCUACAAGUAUGUUCCAUAUGGCCCAGUUAAUGAGGUGAUGCCGUACUUAUCAAGAAGAGCCCAGGAGAACCGGGGUAUGAUGCAGGGGGCACAGCGGGAGAGGAGUCUGCUUUGGGCAGAGCUGACGCGCCGGCUUUUCGGUGGGGAGCUGCUCCACACUCCAAGACCCUGACUCCAAGUCCAAGGCUGUUGAUCAUUCUUGUUCCAGGAAUUCCAGUCUUCUGCAGAGAUGGAGACAGGAGUGGUACUAAAAAGCUCCAGUAAUGCACCUUCCCUACCUGUGUGCCUGCUGCCCUGUCUAUGCCAUUUCUCACCUUUCAUUAUCGUAUACCAUGCAGAUGCCUCCUUGCUGUCUUAAAACAUUUUUGGUUGAAAUGCAGUUUUGUCCGGAGUGUGUCGGGGUGGCCACUGCCAGUGUUUUUUGAUUAUUACAUUUGACCUUUUUCUAGUAUUCUGGAGGAAUUGUGCCUUAUUGGAAUGGGGUCACCCCGCAGCUGCCUUGCCCUUUCUUUUGCUUGUCUCACAGCUGCUUCCUUUUCCCACUUCCAUGACUGUUUUGCCGAUGUACCAGUUUGCCCUUUAUUCCUUAAGGUGGAAUGACUUCUCAUUACGUUACUCAGCCCAUUACAAAUGGAAUGUUUUUACCAAAGCCGUGGAAAAUCUCCGUGACAAAUUGUCAUGCGUCAGCAGUGUGGCACUCCACAUCGGAAGAUCUGACAGGCCUUCUAUUUUUGCACUUUAGUUGAUGCCCUGUAAUUAGGCGGACUGCUUUUAUUUAACUGACUAUAAGGAUUUGUAUCACGUUUUUCUGUAAUUAAUUUUUUUUUUUUUUGCUUAUUCAAAUGCAAGGAAAGAUCCGUUCAGACAUGGAGUCCUGUGUGAGACCUCUCUAGCAGUUUCAUCUGGUUUGCCCCGUUGUGCAUUUGCUUUUGAAGCCACACAAUUAAAACACCGUUAACCUUUCUUUUUCUGCAUAAUUUAAGACUUGACUGCCACGUUAUUCAUUUUGCUGUUUUUCUUCUCGUUCAAAACUCCAAUCAGUGUUGAGUCGCAGGGGCCAUUCAGAUUAUGUCUAUGGUGGGCCGCUUUUGUAGAUAUUAUUUUUAACACUGUGUUCUAAUUGUGCGUGGCAGCGUGUUAACCUAACAAGGUGUCCUCAUAAUCGUUCAGGCUGAUUUUAAUCACUCAGGCUCGGAGAAGUCACCAAAAACGGGAUGAUGGGCCACUCAUGGAUGUCUUCCACAAUGUUUCUGUGCAGUGGCACUAAGAGGGCAGGUGUAAUGAUGGGGAGGAGAUGGGUAAAUGGUUUGGCCUGCCUGGGUAUCCGUUUUUCACAUACUUCUUAUUUUUAUUAAUAAAAAUGAAUCAGUAUUUCUAGAA